CUCUCUUUCUCUCUUUCUCUCUUUCUUGGUUAUGUGUAGUCUAUGAGAAUAUGGCGGUAGCGACAUGUUGCUGACAACUUGAUAUGGGAUGGGCGUCAUUUUAAACGAAUAUAGCUCUUUUUUUCUCAAUAGUGAUAAUGAAUACUGAUAUCACGGCAAAUAAAUAUGGCGAUCAAUUAAUGUUAAAAUCGUUUACCUUAACGGAUCGACAGGUUUCAUCGAAAUUUAUAGAGAGAAAGUGUUCACUUUGUUACGUCGGCCUGUCAAUAGUUAAAUCUCGUGGUAUAGAUAUCGUGUUGUUUAGGGUUUAACAUUUUAAAGACAUAAUUUCGAUAAUAUAGUGCAUCUCAUAAAUGUAAAAAUGGCCCGAGAAUAUGAUCAUUUAUUUAAGCUGUUGAUGAUAGGAGAUAGCGGAGUAGGCAAGAGUUCCCUUCUUCUGAGAUUUGCAGACAAUACUUUUAAUGGCAGUUAUAUAACUACGAUAGGAGUGGAUUUUAAAAUACAAACUGUAGAAGUAGAUGGUGAGAGAGUAAAACUGCAAAUUUGGGAUACAGCUGGACAGGAACGAUUUCGGACAAUAACUUCAACUUACUAUAGGGGAACUCAUGGCGUUAUAGUUGUAUACGAUGUGACCAGUGGUGACUCAUUCGCAAAUGUUAAACGGUGGUUGCACGAAAUAGAGGAAAAUUGUGACGUUGUUAACAGGGUACUUGUAGGAAAUAAGAACGAUGCGCCUAAUCAGAAAGUAGUGCUUACGGAAGAUGCACAAAGGUUUGCCAAUCAAAUGGGAAUUCAACUAUUUGAAACGUCUGCCAAGGAUAAUAUCAAUGUCGAAGAGAUGUUUAUGGCAAUAACACGGCAAGUAUUACGGACCAAAAGAGAACGGAAUGAGCGUCAAGCUAUACAAACGAACGAAACAGUUAAUUUGAGAAAAAAUACAAAACAGCAUAGGAAAAAAUGUUGUUAACAGCACCGCAAAAAAGUGCAAACUGUUAAUAAUAUUAUUUUAUACAAUAAUAGGAUAGAGAGAGAAUACAACAGCGAGCACGUGUUCGUAAAUUGGCGAACAUGAGAUGCCAUACACCUUGAUAUUUUGUAAAAUCACUAAGUUUUCUACCACGAUUAUGAAAUUUAAGAUUGCUUCCUAAUGAAAGUUUACUUUGAACUAUAUCUAUAUUCAAAGCCUGAAGUCUCAUAAGCAUAUAUAGCUUAUUCAGCCAAAGUGACUUUGCCUGGUAUUCUGUACUUUUUAUUCGGUACAAGAAUACUAUUUGACGCUGUAAUAAGAACAAAGUUUAUUUAUUUUGUAACAUCUAUAGAGGAAAAUAUGAGUGAAGAAGGUAAAGUGAAAAUUUUUGUUCCUCUUUAACAUUCCUUGGAACAUUCGGCAUUUUUGGGAAAAAAAGAAAAAGAAAACAAAACAGAAAAAAAAGGAAAGAAAAAAUAUACUUAACAAAGUCAAGAAACAUAGGUUCUGUAUAAAGAUUGAUUUAUCAUUUUAUUGGCUGAAAUAUUUGUGUUUUAUAAAACAGGUUCGAUCUUUUAAUAAUAUUUAGAGAACGUAGUUCUCUUUUAUAUAAUAUGUUACUCCUUAAUUCUAGAAAAUGUUGUUUAACGAAGUAUCGAUAAUUUUCAAAUGAUUUGCUUCAAAUAUAUAGUUUUAAAGAUCGGUAAUCAUUUCUUUAAAUUAAUCCAAAUAUUGAAUUACAAUGAAUUAUCAUUCGCAUGAAUCGUCAUGCCGCACAAAGAGGGUAGCCGUACGAAGCAAAAGUUUGAACGUUCACGUUAACUUGGUAUUUCGUAUUCUAUCUAAACCACAAUAAAACACAUAAAGCCAAUUCGAAUGUGUAUCCCGAGAAAAGAAACUUAUUACAAAUACUAUCAUCCUCACACAAACUUUUUAUCUCAAAGUUGUAAUAUUGUGUUAUAGAUUUAGUUGCUUCCUUUACGGUUAUUUUUAACUGUACGCUACGAAAUAGUGAAAAAUACGAGUGUAAAAUGUUGCUUGGAAGAGUCCAAGAAUUAUUAUUCGUUUGUAGUUUUGAAAAUGAAAUGAGAUUGCAUGCAAAUUUGGAGUAAUACCAAAUUGUGUAAAAAGCGAUGACGCGCUAGAAUGCCCAUUAUUUAUUUGUUUUUUUAAAUUACUUUCCCAUGUUAUUUUUCGCGUAUUAAUUUAUUGACGUCAUUGCCAAAAUAAGUAUUAUCCGAAAACAAUUAUCUCGUAUUCUGUUACGGUGUGUGAUUUUAUGUGAACUUUUUAUAUCAACAAUGAAUUAUUUAUAUCUAGUCUUCUUAUAAAAAUGUUUUCUAUUUUGUCAAAAAGCACAAAAAAAAAGAAACGAAUGAAAAUGGCGUCAUUGGAUUAAUAUAAUUUAGCGAAUAUUUCACAUUGCGAAAUAGUAUUAUUUUAAAACAAUAUGUUUUGCAUGAAUGGUAAAGAAACGCAAGUUAAACGAAUAGCAAAUCUUGUUCUUAUAUUAAUGUUUUUGUACACGAACAAUUAGUUCGAAUUCUGUUCGCUACGUUAUUGCAAUAUAGAAUAUGGACAUCUAAAUAUAAUUGAGAGGAAAACGUGGUAUCAUAGUCAUAUUUCGUGAAAUCGUUCGAAAAUGUAAAUAAAUUAUAAGAACAACCUACGAUA